AUGGCGGGCUUAGAUUUGGGCUCUGCUUCUAACUUUGUCCAUCAACUUCAGCACCGUUCCGUGGAUCUCCACUUGCAGCGGCCGCCGGACGGAGACGACGGUCCCGACCAGUUCCACGGCCUUGAUGAUGAGCACCAACCGAACUCUGGUGGCGAAAUCGUGGCCCGGCGGUCGAGAGGUCGACCGCCGGGGUCUAAAAAUAAACCGAAACCACCGGUUAUUAUUACCAGAGAAAGCGCUAACACCCUUCGUGCACACAUCUUGGAAGUCAACACCGGUUGCGAUGUGUUUGACUCGGUGGCUACUUAUGCCCGGAAACGCCAACGGGGGAUCUGCAUCUUGAGCGGCACCGGCGUCGUCACCAACGUUACUUUACGGCAACCCGCGUCCGGCGGCGCCGUUCUCACGCUUCCCGGAAGGUUUGAGAUAUUGUCUUUGUCGGGAUCGUUUUUGCCGCCGCCGGCUCCGCCAGGAGCGACGAGUUUGAGUAUCUUCCUUGGCGGUGGACAAGGGCAGAUUGUGGGAGGGAAUGUUGCUGGCUCUUUGAUUGCUUCUGGACCGGUGACUGUUAUUGUGUCGUCGUUUACGAAUGUUGCGUACGAGAGGCUGCCGUUGGAUGAGGAGGAACCGUCCAACGGUGGUGGUGGUGGUGGAGGGAGCCUUAGCAACCCGUUUCCCGACCCGUCGGCGGGGUUGCCGUUCCUUAAUCUGCCAUUGAACAUGCCGGGGAAUCAAAAUCAGCUGCCGGUGGAGGGAUGGAACUCCGGUGGAGGAGCAUCUUAUUGA